AGUGGCUGUAUUAUCCUAACCAGACAGUUGAAGGUACUGUAUAAAGAAUUUCACGGUGAAGUCUCCAAUAUUGAAAUUAAAUAUAUUAAUGUUCAAAUUGUAACUGUUUAUAGAGUACCUGAUCACAUGCAUGUUGGAAUUCAUUCAUAAAAAUUGCAUUAGUUUAUAUUUACGAUCGUUAGGAGUAACGAUGAGCGAUUUAGUGAAGAAAACCGUCACGAUCCAGGACCAACGUGAAAUUAUCAGGAUCGAAGGGAGAACAGUGAAAAAAAAUAAAAAUUUAAAGUUAAAUAUCGCUGGAUCAGGCAGCUCAUCCGGAACGCCCAUUUUUUGCAGUUAUUCUAGUGACUCCUGGUCAGCCAUCGAGGACCUUAUACAAUGCGGCAUCUGCCUAGAACGCCUGCACCAGCCGCGAAUGCUUCCCUGCCAACACACUUUUUGUCUGAGCUGUCUAAAAGCUCACAUAACCGCGAAAAAUUUGAAAUUCCAAAAACGGGAAUUAGUUCUAAAUGACACCGUAAAAUCGAUGGCGUGCCCGGUCUGUCAAAAACAAAUGGCGCUCGACGACGGCAUGACAACCGUGGAUCGGUUACCGAGGAAUCUGUACCUACAGUCGAUAUUGAAAGUGCUGACCGAUGGUACUCCGACGUCUCCAACGGUCCGGGAAAACUAUCGAUGUGUCAAUUGUCAAACGGUAUCCGCACAACAGGAGCAAGUCUGUCAACACUGUAUGCAAAUUUUUUGCACAAUAUGUUGGAACGCUCAUCUAACCGAGUUAGAUUCCAACCUGACCAUGCUCACCAAACAAUUAGAAGAAUCCGAAGUGCGCUUGACAAGUAAACUGGAAAACUUUGAAGCGAGAUGUGACACCUUGGCGAAAGAAGUGAAAAAAACCACUGCAAAGAGGGUGGAAUCGAUUAUGACGGAGGAACAAAAUGUUUUGUUGGAUCUUUGCAGCAUUAAAAAGGAGAGUGCCGUCGCCUCUGAUAUCUUACUAGACAGCAUGUGCAGACUGAGAAAGGAUAUUAUGGUAAAAGCCAUGGAUAAAAAUAAUAAUCAAAAGGUUAACAUGUAUCUGAACCUGCACAGGGAAACCUCUAAACUUUUGGAUCAAGUCAAUUAUUUCGGAGAGGCAAGGCUAACUUUUGACCCAGAGAGUUAUAAACUGGACCAAAUAUCCGAGGGAAUCUAUAAUGACGAAGAUAAUAACCAAAAUCAGGCGAGUUCACCAAUUAAAGUCGGCAAUCCUUGUGAUAGUGCCGAGACAAUGGCUAAGCAGUAUAGAGGAAGGUCUUUUACCCCUAAACUGGUAUGGAACAAAUGCCCCAGUCCAGGGGGUCUCGGUAUUCCCCCUUGGGAUAAUACAAAACUUUAUAUAGCGACGACUUUUAAGCGUAACGUGCUGAUUUUGGAUAGGAGCAAACUUAAAUUGAUCGAUAGGUUAACUCACGAAACUAUGAGUUGUCCGGCGGGAAUAGCGUUUUCCAAGAGUCGCAAAGAGGUUUUUAUAACCGAUAAGUGGCAAAAUUGCGUGCACGUGUUCUCCCACGAAGGGGAUUUUUUAAGGACCAUUUGCACCAAUAAAUUCAAACUGAAGUGUCCCGAUGGCAUCGCGAUGGGUCCCAAUGAGGAACUUAUAAUAUGCGAUACGGCCAACAACAGGGUGGUACUGGCCGACCAAAUAACCGGGGAUAAAAUCAAAAUAAUCGGCUUCGAAAACGAGGUGACUCAGCUGAAUUAUCCCACGGGAGUGGCCGUGUUUGGCAAUAAUAUAAUCGUCGCCGAUUCCGGGAAUAAUAGGGUGAAAACUUUCAAUUUGAACGGACAGUUAGUGCAUGAAAUCGGUUCUUAUGGAAAGAACCCGGGACAGUUCAGGUCAGCCGAGGUGGUAGCGGUGGAUCAGUUUGGCUUUAUUUUGGUCGGGGAUGCUGGAAAUGCUAGAUCUGGCAACCCUGCUAUUGUAUUCCGUGGAGGAGAGGGGAAGAAAGAAAAUAUAAUCAAUUUCAUAAAAUUCCCUUUUAAAGGUUCAAGUUUUUACACCGGACGGCGCCCUGGUGAAGAUCUUCGGAAGCAAAAGCGGUUUCAGUUGGGUGUCCGGUCUCCUGGUCACUCCCGAUUCGCAAAUAAUCGCCGCCGACAACAAGAGCAGAUGCCUCAAGAUCUUUUAAUGGAAACUACCGUAUUUCUUAUAUAAUAGAUAUUUUAUUACUGUUACUAGUCUAAAAUAUGAAAAUGUGGUCGUUAUCAUAUUAUAUUGAAUGUUAUGAUAAUAUAUAAUAAAAAACACCUGUCUUAAGAUAAAUAAAGAGAUUUUUGACGAUAAAA